GUUUUCAGUACACUGUCGUAAGACCUUUAACUACUGCCAUUUAAACGUUGUUCAUCUUUAGUUUAAAGACUUAUAAUUAGUGUUUUUCAGAUUUGGAAAUGAUAAACAGUGGAUAAACCUUAUUGUGAAGUGAAAAAAUAAAUUUCCAAAAACCAAGAUGUCUGUUGAAAACUGUAAAGACGUUUAUGUAGAAUAUUUUACUCCACGUAGUGAUGAGACCAGAGAAACCAAAACCUAUUUUAUCACGGUAAAAAGUCCCGGAGAUAUAAGAACCAUGAGUAGUAUUGAAAACACACCAGAGUCUGAUUCCUGGGCUGGAGGAUCUAAUGUAGUGAAGGAUCCUGCUACUCCUAUCCGGAAGAUAUAUCCGUCCCGAACCUUCCUCGAGGAUUCUCUGGCCAUGUCCUCGUCCUACACCCUCACCCCGGACAAGGAUCAUGAGUUCUUCUCUCCUGAGCGUAGUCUGAACCAGGACUGGAGCAGGAUGCAACAAGACUCUGGAAAGAGAGGUAGACCUAGAGCUGAUGUCAUAAAUUCUCUCAUCAUGGAAGGAUCUCAAAGCGGGAGCAACAUCAAGUGUAAAAUUUGUUCAAGGGCAUUCACACAAUCGGGACAACUGAAAACUCAUCAAAGACUCCACGCGGGGGAGAAACCAUUCGUCUGCUCUCAUCCUGGUUGUAACAACAGAUAUACUCACGCUAAUAGACAGUGUCCGGACCAUCCGUUCGCUAAACCUCAAAGAUCUGCUGAGAUUAUUCUCCAGCCUAAUAUAUCAUCUGGUGAGGAUAAGAACCAGGUACUGGCCUGGUUGGAGAAGUAUAAAAGGGAGAAGGAGGAUAAAACUCCAGGGAAGUUUAAUCCUAACGAAACCCCUGGAUACCAGGAGGAGAACCUAAGCGAGGAGAUCCCAGAGUUUAAGAGAAAUAGAUCUAAGAGAGGGUUGGCGGAGGAGAUGGAGCAAUGUAUUGAUCAGGAGAACCAACCCUCCUCAACCCAGAGAACAGUGGUAGCUCAGCAAACACUAAACCAGGCUCUACAGCGAGCUGGAGAAAGGUUGGAGAGAAGGAUAUCCGUCCCGUUCACGCAGCUACAUGAGGAACCGCAAUAUUACACACAAGGAUUCAUGUCGGAGAGAAGAUCAAUCCUCUCACCGGCUAAGAAGCCAAUCCUGGAGCACCAUUCUCCUCUGAAAGGGAUCCGACGAACCCUCGGAGAUAUUACUCCAACCAAGAACUGUAGAUCCGACCAGUUUCACUCUGAUCUCGACCUUCCAUUCAAUUUCGGUCUUCCCACAUCUCCGGCAUUUUCUUCCGAGUUCCUGCUCCGAACUCCGAUCUCAACGGAGAAAUGUCUCUCGUCUCCGAUCCACGGUAGUCCGGCGUUAAAGCUGAAGAAAAGGUUCCAGGAGAGGUUUCAAGAAGAGAAAUUGAUAGAACGAGAAGAGCUGGCUAAACCAAUCCACUGGCAUGAAGAAGAUUUCUCAUCCCCAGUCAAACGAGAAAUAUCAUCUCCACUCUCAUACGAGUUCUCCUCUCCGAGCCGUGAUACAAGCUCUCCGAGUCACCGAACAAGCUCCCCGAGCCACCGCGACACAAAUUCUCCGACCCUGCUAGUAGCAGCAGCGCUAGUAGAGCUGCAGGAUACAUCUAGAGAGGAUAUUCCUCUCAACCUAACCAAAUAUAAAUAAUCUAGAAUAUUUAUUCUAAAUUCUACAUCUCGUCAAUUUAUAGUGACAAUUCAAAUUUACAGUCUGUGUGUGUAAUGUGUAUUUGUUUGUGUUUUUAUACCCUGUAAAUAUAUUAAUUUAAAAAAAAA